AAAUAGCAAUCCAGAAACCUGUUGUGACUUCAAAAUGGUUUUUCACGUAGAAGGGUUGAUAGCUAUCAUUGUGUUCUACUUGGCCAUCCUAUUUGUUGGAAUAUGGGCUGCUUGGAAGACGAAAAACAGUGGGAGUGAUGGAGAUCGUAGUGAAGCUAUUAUAGUUGGUGGAAGAGAUAUUGGCUUGCUAGUUGGUGGAUUUACCAUGACUGCCACCUGGGUUGGAGGCGGUUAUAUAAAUGGAACAGCUGAAGCAGUGUAUGUUCCAGAGUUUGGACUUGCCUGGGCCCAGGCACCCAUUGGGUAUUCGCUUAGUCUAAUUUUAGGUGGCUUGUUUUUUGCAAAGCCCAUGCGUUCCAAAGGGUAUGUGACAAUGUUGGAUCCAUUUCAGCAAACUUAUGGAAAACGGAUGGGAGGGCUUAUCUUCAUACCUGCCUUGAUGGGAGAAAUGUUCUGGGCAGCAGCCAUCUUUUCAGCGCUAGAUGUUAGGAGGAAUCCCAUGGCAAGCCUAUUUCCAGCGAGUCCUUUCUUCUUCAUCAGCUACGUAUGCACAAAUGCUCUCUUUUCUGGCAGCGUUUGGAUGUCUUACAAUGGCAAUACCUCCAGUGCUUAUUGGUGCCAUUGGUGCAUCAACAGAUUGGAAUCAGACUGAAUAUAUUGGUCACGACCCUAAAGCUGAAGAUAAAAGCGACAUGAUAUUACCAAUUGUCCUUCAAUAUCUUUGUCCAGUCUACAUUUCGUUCUUUGGCCUUGGGGCUGUGUCUGCUGCUGUAAUGUCUUCUGCUGACUCUUCCAUUUUAUCAGCAAGUUCUAUGUUUGCACGGAAUAUAUACCACCUUUCAUUUCGGCAAACUGCUUCAGACAAUGAAAUAGUUUGGGUCAUGCGGAUUACCAUUUUUAUGUUUGGAGCUGCAGCAACAGUGAUGGCUCUGCUAGCUAAUUCCGUAUAUGGUCUCUGGUACCUCAGCUCUGACCUGGUUUACAUUAUCAUCUUUCCCCAACUUUUGUGUGUUCUUUUUAUCAAAGGAACAAAUACUUACGGUGCCAUUGUAGGAUACUUACUUGGGCUCCUACUUCGAAUUACUGGAGGAGAACCUUAUCUAUCCUUAAAGCCUUUAAUUUUGUAUCCUGGUUGGUAUCAUGAUGAGGAGGGAUACGUUCAGAGAUUUCCUUUUAAGACAUUAGCUAUGCUUACUUCUUUCUUUACAAACAUUGCAGUAUCCUAUCUAGCAAAAUACUUAUUUGAAAGUGGCAAUUUACCACCCAAACUAGACUUCCUUGAUGCUGUUGUUGCAAAGUACAGUAAAGAGAACAUGGACAAGACUACUCUUGUGAAAAGUGACAAUAUAGUUUUAAAUGAACUCGCACCAGUGAACCCUCGACACAGUUUGACUCUGACCUCUACUUUUACAAAUAAAGAGGCCUUCAGCGAUCUGGAUUCAAGUCCAGAGGUAUCCACUGCAGACGAGAAAUGACAACAGCCCAGAUGAAGAGAAACACUGCAUUUGCCUCACCCAUAAUGCAACGGGUUUGCUGCCAUGGGAAAUUAAACGUAGCUUGAGAAGAAAUGGAUGGAGACAAGAAAAACAAAAACCACCCACUACCAUGUAGCUCUUUUAGUUUGUGUCUUGAAAGAGGAAAAAUUUGGAUUAAACUCUUAUACAGUAUUAUCAAAAACAUGUUCGGUAGAAUUAUAGUAUAUCUCAUUCCACCACAGUAUUUGAAUGUCAGUAGGAGAGAAAAUGCAACAUCCAGGAAAAAACAUUGGUUUCUUUAAAAUUUAUAUCACUAAUUUGCACAGCUAGAAGUAAUUUGCAAAUUCAGAAUCCCCAUUUUCCCAGUUCUCCUCCAUCUGCUAACUGACAGCUUUUAUUUUGCACAUCCUGGAGCAAGAUUGAGCUGCUGAAAGUCAGCAACAUUCCCAAAACUGCACCACUGAACGUUAACUUCAAGCAUAAAAAAUUAGUAGUGAAUCUUUCUUGGGUUUUUUAGAAAUAAGAAAUCAAAUGUUGUGUUAAGAUCCUAACAUUUUAACAUGCACAUUUUAAACAAAAUGUAAUAACACAAAGCCGAUAUGUAGCACUGCUAUUUUAGUGAUGUCAUUGGAAAAAAUGAGGUCAUCAACUGCUGUCCAAGCUUAUAGUUUGGAUGGAAUCUUCUUGAAAUAUAUGAUUAAUUUGUGUCACAUUUAAUAAGAAAAAUUAUGUUGAUUUCUUUAUCAACAUAAAAAAAAAUUGUCAAGAUUGGAAAAAACAAAGAUUGUUCCCUCGCCUUCAGAAUAGAUGGGGAAACACGUAUUCGAUAUUAGCUAGUGUGUCCUAUCUGGUAGCAAGUUAUUCAAUAAGGAAGAAAGGAACUUACAGAUUCUAUGAUCUCCAGCAAUAAAUCGUGCUCCUGUAAUUAAUAGAUUUAAAAAAACAUGUAUAUUUUAUAUCUCUUAAACUAUAGAUUCAGCCCCUUCCAAUUAGUAAAUUGAAAUAUUCUACUAAUAACAUUCUUUUCUUUCAUGAAAAUUAAGGUUUUUCUCUCAUCAGUUACCCCUUUAUAAAGCUUGAAAAAAUAGCAAUAUGUGAUGUAACCACCCUGGUUUUCAUGUAGUUAUAUAUCAAUCACACCUUGAGGGCUUUUUAAAAUAUUCAGAAUUCCUAAAUGGUGCUCAAAGUGACCUGGGAAGAGAACAAAAGUUUAAGCAUCUCUCUUUCUUCACAUUUUCUAUCUUUAAAACAGUCAUUAAAAAAAGCCAGCUGGUUAAUGCUUUCCAAGCAUGCUAGUUUUAAAUGUGAAGAGAGUUUAUUUUAUGUAUAACACUAUUCAAACGUUUGAUAUCCCUUUUGUCAUCUGAAAUGAUAUUCCUUGGCAGCAUUGAAUCAUCUGGAUUUUCAGCUUUUUUUUCCAUUGUGGAACAUUGCUAGGUAGCUAACUGCUUGAUUAGACUACGUUGACCUUGCAUUCAUAUCAUAGGUUUGUUUAACAUCUAACUGUGGAUUCACUGUGUGUGUAUAUGUGUGCUUCUCAUAUAACCUUUUGUAGUCAGUAUCAAUAUAAGCCUUGAUAACUUGCUAUCAUCCGUGCAUUCACCUAAUUAUAUCCAUGUUUCUCCAGAGCAGUUUUAAUUUGGAUAAAUGUGGUAUAUUGUUCUCUGAGCUAGGCCAUUAUUAAGCUUUUGUAUGUAUGCAAGAGGAUUUAUGCACCCUUUUGAAAUUUAUUAUAGGAAAAUAGCAGACAAAUGUGUUUCAGCAUUUGAUGCAUUCUCUUAAAUAUAUGAUGGAACAAUUAGGCUUUUGGAAAGCAAGAACACAUCCUCCAUUCACCAGUACCUAGAACAGGGUGGGAAACUAUGGCCCUUUUAUGACUUGUGGACUUCCACUCCCAGAAUUCUGGGAGUUGAAGUCCAAAAAUCAUAAAAGGGCAAUAGUUCGACACCUCUGAUCUAGAAUGACCAAUCAGUGCAAAAAAAAAAUAACUAGAAACCUGUAUGGUUGCUGACAGUUUCUAUUAAGCUUAUGAACUUCUUCUGUGUUGGCCUUGUACUCAUAAUAACAUUGGA